CCACAUGCGUUUCUUCGUUUGUGCCGCCGAGACACAGUCCACUUCAUUUCAUUCUCCGAUGUAAGUGCAUGCUAGCUCUAUCAGUCGUGGUGCCACUGGACUAGUGGUUUUCCGCAUUCGAUGGCUUCAAGGAAAGGAGCAGACCCUGGAGCGUAGGGCGGCUAGCUAUAUUAUAUGAGCCAUGGAACCCCUACCCUUCAGCUUGUUCUCCAGCUUCAUUCAGCCUCAUAAGUCUUAUCGAGGUUGUGAUCUUCUUGAUCAAGGCAGCAUCACACUCCUUUGCCCAUCAUGAAGACCCGCACCAUCUUGCCCGUAUGGCUUCUUUGGCUAACCCAGGGACAAGUCCUAGCCCUGCCCCAAGGCCAAGACGACUCUGCUGAUUCCUGGGACGAUUCUAACGAAGAGUUCAAGCGAGAUAUCGAAACAUCUGCUUUCCAGUAUUUGACAACCUACGACAAGGAGGAUAUCAUUCCCGUCACCGAAAGCGUCAAAGUCAGUACUAGCAAGGUUGGAACCACUGCGACAGCUCAAGUCCUUCCAACUCUUUCAGACGUUGAACCUCAUACCGAAGGUUUCGUUGUAACGGAUCUAUACAAUCCUCUUCUCACAGAACCCGCUGUCCUGAGCACGUCGAUCCCCAGCCCUACAAGUCUGCUUAAACCACUUAAGUCUACUACAAACAACGCUGUACCAUCUGGUCUCUCCAAAAUGGCUGCUGCUCCCAACAUCUUCGCCAACCCCAUCGAUACGAGUGCUCCUCCAUCGAUGUUCGAAAGGAAGACUACUCACCCUGUUGCCAAAACGCCCAUGGUCACCCAGAACGGCCCUAUUGGCACGAACAAGUUUUACUCCAACUUCUACCUUGGUGAUCAGAAGAACCCCGUCUAUACUUACCCCUACUCACUCACAUGGGCGGGCGGCACUGGCCCAGCAGCAAGCUGGGGCAUGUCUAUCUCUCAUAUCGAGGCGUCACAACGUACAUAUGGCGACGUGCAAUCUAAUGGUGCCGUCGAAUUUUACGUCAACCCUGUUGGUAUCCAGUCUAUGAUCAUCUCGGCAAAGGAACUUGGCAAGGACACGGUCUUGACUAUGGACUCUAUUGGCCCUCACUAUGCUAAAGCUUACCUCAAGAAGGACAGCAAGUCAGCAGCAACGAUCACCUUUCCCCUUUACCAAGGCAGCGUUUUCACGACUGCGUACUUCAGUGGUGGUACACCUUGGAUUCAGACUGGCGUCUACUUCAGAACUAUGACACAAGUGACAAAAGAUCCCAAGUCCAACGUGCGCAAGUACAACUUCGUCCUUGAAGAUGGAACCACCUGGCGUCUGUAUGCUUACAAGACCAAGGGUGACCCUCUUACCCUCAAGGUCACCAACAACGGUCUUGCUUCCUCGGCCAAGCCAUUCUAUGGCUUCAUCCAAAUUGCGAAGGAUCCCAAGGUCGGCCAGUCCGAGGCAGUUCUUGACAACGGUUGCGGUAUCUAUGCCACUGGCAUGACAGUCAGCGGCAACACUGUUGGCAAGCAGGGCACUUACAGUUUCACAUGGACCAAAGCUGGCCACGCUACCGGAAAGCUUUGGGUCUUUGCUCUUCCUCACCACGUCAGCUCAUUCGAUGCUACAACCAAGAAGGAGAUGAGGACGUACUCGCUCCAGACACCUACCAAGGGUAUUGCUACUGCUGUUGGAGGAACCACCUGGACGAUGGUCGAGUCUGCGCUGCCCGUCGACAUGGGCUUUGCUCCCUGGGAUCCAGCGAAAGGUAGCCGUGGUCUGACUGCUAAUGCGAAGAAAAUCAUCGCACCUAUUGCCAAGUCCGAGGUCUCGCAAGACAUGGACGCGCAGGCUAACACAGACUCGAUGUACUUUUCUGGAAAGGCUCUGGCAAAGUUUGGUUCCAUCAUCUAUGUCAUCAACAACAUGCUGGGAGAUAAGGCUCUGGCACAGGCUGGCUUACUCAAACUUCAGCAGGCAUUUGCCAGAUUCGGUUCGAACAAGCAGAGCUACCCUCUUGUCUACGAAUCCGUCUGGGGCGGAGUCGUUUCAUCUGCAUCCUAUAAGACAGGCCAAGCAGGAUCCGACUUUGGAAACACCUACUACAAUGAUCACCAUUUCCACUACGGCUACCACGUCCUCGCUGCCGCCUAUAUUGGCUCUAUGGAUAGCAAAUGGCUUGCUGCCAACAAAGCCUACGUCAACUCUCUUGUUCGUGAUUAUGCGAACCCGAGCAGCAGUGACAAAUACUUUCCCAUGUGGCGAAGCUUCGAUUGGUACCACGGCCACAGUUGGGCUCACGGUCUGACUCCCAUGUGGGAUGGCAAGGACCAGGAAUCGAGUUCCGAGGACAUGAUGUCUGUUUAUGCUCUGAAGAUGUGGGGUACAGUGAUUAAGGACACUAACAUGGUCGCGAGAGCAAACCUCCAGCUUGCCGUCAUGUCACGAGCUAUGCAAGACUACUACUACUACACCACGUCCAACACCGUGCAGCCUAAGAACUUCAUCGGCAACAAGGUCGCGGGUAUUCUGUUCGAGAACAAGGUCCACCACACAACAUGGUUCAGCGCAGCCAUUGAGGCAGUCCAGGGCAUUCACAUGAUUCCUAUCCUCCCCGUAUCCAACUUCGCACGAACCGCCACAUUCGUUCAGCAGGAAUGGGACACUUACUUUAGCAAGGGCCGUGUCGACAAGUUUAACAACCUGUGGAAGGGUAUCAUCUAUGGCAACUAUGCAACAGUUCAGCCAAAGACUGCCUGGACUUUCUUCACCCAGUCCAAGUUUGAUCCCAACUGGAUCGAUGGUGGAGCAUCAAGGACAUGGUAUAUGGCGUAUGCUGCGGCUCUGGGCCAGAUUUGAUGAGAAAUAGAAAGUGAGAUGGCUGCGUUGCGACCCAAACGUCAGCGUCGGUGCUGAGAUAAGCACCUUGUACAAAUAUUGAACAUACCUUACAUAGACAUGGCGAUACCUCGACGGGAACAUUUGUUUUGUAUAAUGGGAAUGGGCAGAGAGAACAGCCCUUGAAUGUGUUAGGAAUGGGGGAGGAAAGCAAGAAAGACAGUAAGAUAUUCUCUGACCUCACCCAGAUUAGACAGACGGGAGGCAGAUGUUAGACCCUAGACAGGGCGCCGUUAGAAUUUCAUUGGUUACCUUUAA